GAGGGGACACUCAACAUGGAAAAACUCUGCAGUGAAAAUGAAGGAAAGCCUGAGAACCAAGGCAAGAUGGAAAACAAAGAACAGCCACUGGAUGCGGGAAAGCCGGGAGUAGCUUGUACUGUGGAAGACAAGGAAAAGUUAGAAAACAAGGGAAGGACAGAUCUCAAGGGAAAGACAGAAGAUGAGGAAGUACUAAAGGAUAAGGAAAAGCCAGAGAGUGAGGCAAAGCCAAAAGAAGGAAAUCCAGAGACCCAAGCAAAGCCAGUGAGUGAGGGAAAACCAAAAGAAGGAAAACCAGAGAGUGAGAGAAAGCCAGUAAGUGAGGGAAAGCCAGUGAGCGAGGGAAAGCCAAAAGAAGAAAAGCCAGCCAGCGAACCAAGGGCUGCAGGAAAGCGCCCAGCUGGGGAUGAUGUACCCAGGAAGGCCAAAAGAAAAACCAACAAGGGGCUGGCUCAGUGUCUCAAGGAAUACAAGGAGGCCAUACACGAUAUGCAUUUGAGCAAUGAAGAGAUGAUAAGAGAAUUUGACGAGAUGGCCAGGGUGGAGGAUGAGGUGAAGAAAACCAGACAGAAAUUGGGGGGGUUUAUGUGGAUGCAAAAAAGUUUACAGGACCCCUUCCACCCGAGGGGCCCAAGGGAACUCAGGGGUGGCUGCAGGGCCCCACAAAGGGGCUUUGAAGACAUUCCUUUUGUGUAGUGCCCCUGGCAGGCGUUUACCAGGCCCUGU